AUGACUGAUAUAGUGCAUGCUGUUUUUAUAUUUUCAGGUUUACUAACUGUUGCUAUUUAUCCAGCUAAUGCUGAUGUCCUGCAGGGACAAUCUCAAUUAAUCACAUGUUUUGUAACUGGAGAACCACCGGCCCUAGCCAUUAAAUGGUAUUUUACACCAAAUGGUUCUGAACGACAACAAAUAUUAACAGGCAAUGCUGUCAAAUAUUCUGGUGGAAACACUCAGAAUCCUUCAUUAACAGUACAGAACUUCCAAUCAUCUGAUAGUGGAAGCUAUGUAUGUUAUGCUUUAAAUGCUGUUGGAACAAGUACCAGUACAUAUUGUGCUCUAAGAUUCAUUAGUAACCUUAAUAUAACUGUGUCAUUGACAACACAUUCAGCUAUAGUAGGCGAUUCUAAAGUCACCAUACCAUGUACAAUAAAUGGUUCACCACCAGCUAUUGGAUGGGACUGGACAAAAACGCCAGUGGAUGGUGGCAAUGCCGAGAUAAUAGCUCAGGGGACAAAUAAUGCAAAGAGACAAAUUAUGACUUCUGAAACAAAUCCUAAUUUGAAUAUAUUUAACAUUACAAAAAACGAUGAAGGUAUUUAUAAAUGCCGAGCAAACAAUGAGAAGCGGCAAUUUAUGAGUGAACCUGUCAUCCUUGAAGUUCUAGAAGCAUCCGUCAGAAAACCUCCAGGCGAACCUGAAAUAAGUAUACCGUUAGAUUUUCAGGAAGGAAUAACAUUAAUUCUGUCAUGCAGUUCUGCAGGAGGAAAUCCUCCACCAUCAGUAGUUUGGUUGAGAGAUGAUAUUGUAAUUUCAUCUGGUUCUAAUACAUCUACUAGUGGUAAUGUAACGACAACAACAUUGACUCUUACAACAACUGCCGAUGACGAUCUAGAGGUAUAUGAAUGUCAGACAGAUAAUGGAAUCCUCCAGGGACCACUCGUAAAGACAUCUUAUCUUGCGCUGAAUUAUUCCAUUAAGCCUCCAGGUCAACCACAAAUUAUAGGAUCACACCUCUAUGAUUUAGGAGAUACUGUAACAUUAUCAUGCAGUUCUACAGGAGGAAAUCCUUUACCAACAGUUAAUUGGUUGAGAGAUGACAAUGUCAUCACCACUGGUAUAACUUCAUCGUCAGUCAGCGGAAUGGUAACAACAGCUCUUACUUUUACUGCCGGUUUGGAAGACCACCUUGAAGUGUUUGAAUGUCAGGCGGAAAACGGCGUUUUACAAAAACCACUUGCAACAGCAACAUAUAUUGAAUUGUAUUUUUCCCCAAAAGUCCCAAUCCUGACUGGACCUACCAACCUGAUCUCUGGAUCCUCAGGGAAAUGGACUUGUUCUUCAAUGAAUGGAUACCCUGCUCCGACCAUUUCCAUGAGAACUCAAGACCUAUAUUACACCAACGAGCUUAUCGUUGUACAGUAUUAUGAUGUUAUUGAUAGAAGUUAUUCAGUAACUGGUACAUUGAACUUAGUACCAUCGUCUGACAAAAGUAGACAAAAUCUUUGUUGUGAUGUUAGUCAUCUGUUCAAUAACAAAGUACCUCAAUCAGUUUGCUUGCAGCUGACAAUUAAUGAUAAAGAAGAUCAGAACAUUAUUAUAUACGCCGUGAUUGGAUUGGUGGCAGUAUCAUUGUUCUUAAUAUUAAUUAUUGCAGUACUUUGUACAUGUAGUAACAGAAAUGGUAUGGUUUAUUUUAUUCAAGCGUUAAACCUCAAGUUGGCAUGUAAUAGCUGUUCCAUUAUAUUGAUAGUCCUAAAUGAAAGAAAUAUUCUAGAAUAG